UCUAUCCAUCUUAUAGCUGCUACAUGCUCAUAUUUGUUACGUAAUGGACACCAUAAAGCUAUGUUCUCUAUUGAGAGCAUGCGUAAGUUCUAAGUCGCUCAAGCACGCCAAGCUCAUCCACCAGAAGAUAGUCUCUCUAGGCUUACAGAACAACAUCGCUAUUUGCAAAAACCUCAUCGACUGCUACUUUUCAUGCCAAUUGUAUGAUUCUGCAAAGCUUGUUUUCCGAACCAUUGAUAACCCUUUAGACAUCUCUUUGUGGAAUGGCCUCAUGGCUGCUUACGCCAAAAACUUCAUGUUCAUUGAAGUUCUUGAACUGUAUGAGAGUUUAUUGCAUCACCAAUAUUUGAAACCCAGUGGUUACAGUUACCCAAGUGUUCUCAAGGCCUGUGGUGGAUUAGGUAGGGUUGGUUGUGGGAAGAGGAUACAUACCCAUGUGAUAAAAACUGGUUGUCUAAUCGAUGUAUUUGUGGCCAGUUCUCUUGUAAGCAUGUAUGCAAAGUGCAAUGCUUUUAAUUAUGCUAUACAGCUAUUCGAUGAAAUGCCUGACAAGGAUGUGGCUUGCUGGAAUACCGUGAUUUCUUGUUAUUAUCAAGAUGGGCAAGCUAAAAAAGCAUUGGAAUUAUUUGAAAGAAUGAGGGAUUCUGGGUUUGAGCCUAACUCGGUAACACUCACAACUGUCAUUUCGUCGUGUGCAAGGCUUUUAGAUUUGGAAAGAGGGAAGAAGAUUCACAUGGAGCUGAUGAGAAAAGCGUUUGUGUUGGAUGAUUUCACCAGCUCUGCCCUUGUGGACAUGUAUGGAAAAUGUGGUUGUUUAGUCAUGGCUAUUGAGGUUUUUGAGCAUAUCCCAAGAAAGACUGUGGUCGCAUGGAACUCCAUGAUUUCAGGAUACAGUUUAACAGGUGACAGCAGAUCAUGCAUUGAGCUUUUUGGAAGAAUGAAUAAGGACAGAAUUAAACCUACUUCAACUACUCUAACCAGCAUAUUAUUGGCUUGUUCGAGAUCUGCCCAGCUUCAACAUGGAAAACUCAUACAUGGAUAUAUAGUAAGAAAUAGAAUAGAGGUUGAUUUCUUUACUGAAAGCUCCUUAAUCGAUUUAUACUUCAAAUGUGGAAGUGUUAUGUCAGCUGAAAAUGUUUUUGAAAAGAUGUCCAAGACAAAUACAGUUUCUUGGAAUGUUAUGAUUUCUGGAUAUGUGACCGUAGGCAAUUAUUUCAAUGCUCUUGGCAUCUUUGCUGACAUGAAAAAGUCUGGUGUCAGACCAGAUGCCAUUACAUAUACUAGUGUUUUAUCAGCUUGUUCCCAUCUAGGAGCGUUGGAGCAGGGUAAGGAGAUUCACAGCUAUGUCAUUGAGACUAAGUUGGAGACAAAUGAAGUAGUCAUGGGGGCUCUCCUUGACAUGUAUGCUAAAUGUGGUGCUGUGGAUGGAGCACUUGAUGUUUUUCAUCAAUUGCCAGAGAGGGAUACUGUGUCAUGGACGUCAAUGAUCGCAGCUUAUGGGUCUCAUGGUCAAGCUUUAGAAGCUUUGAAGCUUUUUCGUGAAAUGCAGCAGUCCAAUGCAGAACCAGACAUGGUUACUUUCCUUGCAGUUUUAUCUGCAUGUAGCCAUGCUGGAUUGGUUGGUGAAGGUUGCUAUUAUUUCAAUCAAAUGAUCAUCGAGUAUGGUAUUAAACCCGGAAUUGAACACUACUCCUGCUUGGUUGAUCUUCUAGGACGUGCUGGAAGACUGCGUGAGGCUUAUGGGAUUCUCCAAAGAAACCCAGAAGUUAUGGAGGAUGUUGGGUUGUUAAGCACGCUAUUUUCUGCAUGCCAUUUGCACAGAAACUUAGAAUUGGGUUUAGAAAUUUCAAGAUUACUUAUCGAGAAAGAUCCUGACGAUCCAUCAACUUUUAUCAUUUUAUCAAAUAUGUAUGCCUCCGCCGGAAAGUGGGAGGAGAUGCGCAAGCUGAGAUCAAAGGUAAAAGAGCUGGGAUUGAAGAAGAACCCUGGGUGUAGCUGGAUUGAGAUUAACAAUAGGAUCCAACCUUUCUUUGUUGGUGAUAAAUCACACCCACAAUCUGAGAUGGUGUAUGAAUGCCUCGUGGAUCUUACCAGUCACAUGGGGAAAGAUGAGUUGUUGCCAUAUAAUAGUUUAGUCAAAUAAUGUACUAAUAGAAGCACCUCAUCCGUUUUUGACCAAGGAGACAGAAAUGUGAAAAUUCCUGAUCAGAGGAUCCGAUGGAGCAUCAAGAUCUUUAAGAGGGAUAGGAUGUGUAUGUAACUCUUGGUUCACAUUAACUCUACCCCCUGAUUAAAGCACGACAGGAGGAAACACACUUCUUCAGCUGAUAGCCGGUUCUUGAACAGCUUUAUCUAAUCCAACUCUUGUAGGGACAGUAAUAUCCAUUGUUCAUGUGAUCUAUGCUGAAGCAUCUUGUGCUUAUUCCCGGGAAUACUAUUCCUUUGCCAUCAAAGAAAACACUCAUAGAUUUAUCCCAGAGGUGAUACAGGAACAAACAAGCAUUUGAAGAAACAAGAAUCAUCAAAGGAAAGGAUAGGAAUCGAAACGAAAUUGGGAAUAAGUAUGUUACUAUAUGUUGAGUUGUGCAGUGCAUUCAUAUAGAUUCAUUAAAUUUGCCACACAAGCUUCUAUUCUUGUUGUUGUGAUCAUCUUCUUAUAAAGCUGCAGAAGA